AUGGCUUUGUUUCUCAUUCUUUUCCGGAACAGCUUUGUGUUCCCGCUCUGUUCCGUUUGUGGUUUGGAACAAAAAAGUGUCGCGGAACAAAGUCCUGGCAUGGAAAAACAUUCAAUAAAUUUGCUGUUAGUUAACGAGAUAUUCAUCAAAGUCAAGAACAGAGUUGGGAUAUAUUUCAAUUCAAAUCUUUUGAGUGACGUAUGUGUCAAAAUGUCAAUAAGACAAACCAUGACAAUGAAUGGUUCAAAACAUCAGAAGUUUGUUUCUUAUUUAAUUAUGAAGAAACAUGAUAAUUAA